AUGCCACCAGAAGGAAGCGCGAGUGCUAGGAUGCUACCAGGUUGCCCAAGCCUAGACAGUGGAAGUCGAGAGGCAGAGGUCGGUUUCGAGCAAUCUGACAGUGUCCCAGCAGAUUCGCGCUCUAAACAGUUGAGCCAUAUCGCUCCUGAGCCACCUGGGAGAGAGACCGUCCCAGACAACUGGUGCCCGUUUUCAAAAGGGUACUCACAGUUGUUUCAACCAUCCGAAAUGGGCCACACGGAAGUCGCUCCGUAUGAAGUUCUUCAAGAAUGGAAAGACGAGAAUGUGGAAUUACGUUCUUACCCUGUGCAAAAUUGGGUGUGCACCCAGGCUACAUCCCACCGGAUGGAUGAUAUGUCAUCAUCAGGGUUUUUCAAGCUGUUCAAUUACAUCAGAGGAAACAACGCUAAAAAUCAGAAAAUUGCCAUGACGAAGCCUGUAUUGAUUGAAAGCAAGCCGGAUCCAGAAUCUGCACGUAAUCGAAUAUUCAAAAUGGGAUUCUAUAUGUCUGCAACUGACUGUCCCUCACCUCCUGAACCAAAGGGGAGCGACGUGUUCAUUGAACAGAGACAAGCUAUGAAAGUUUAUUGUCGAGUGUACGCUGGUUUCUCGAAUGACAGGAAGUUGAAUGAAGAAGCUAGGCAGCUUGGGAGUUCUUUGGAUCGGUUGGGGAAACAUUAUCAGACUGACGCGUACUUCUUCGCUGGCUAUGAUCCCCCGUUCCGUCUAUUCAAUCGUCGAAACGAGGAAAAGGAGGCAGUCUCAGACAAUUGCAGAGGAUCGGUGAUAAUAUCCAUUCUAAUAAAAGGGCUCGUAGUGAAUGCGGUAGUUACAGCCGGAUCAGUUUAUCCCCAAUCACAACGAGACCCUUGGCAUCACUUGUUCUUCAUCGCCUUAUCGUGGUUCGUGACGCAUUCACUCGAAAGCAGUAAACGGGAUUCCGGUCCGGUGGGACUAAAUGUUUACAUUCUGUCAGGUGCUAGAACUACGUUACUGAAUUUUCAAAGGGCAUUCGGGUCGGUCGGCCGAUAUUCUUCCCUUAAUAGAGUUCCCCAACAAGGGAUGCCCCGGAAACUCGUGAAUAUCAUAAGGCCUCUGUAUUCUCAGACUUACAAACGUGUCAGAGUACACGGAGGGCUCUCCAAGAGCUUCUCUACAAGAAAAGAUGUCCGUCAGCGAUGGUUCAAGUGGUUAGAGGGCGAAUUUACUGACGGAAGGUCCGUGGUUCGAACCCGACCUCUGCCUCUCGACUUCCCCUGUCUAGGCUUGGGUAACCUGGCAGUAUCCCAGCACUCGUGCUUUCUUCAGGUAGCAUGGCAGCUGGGCACCGGAAGGGUGUUACAACUGAACGAUUUUUCUUUCACUCUCUCCAUUCCUACCGAAUUUUGUCAUUGA